CCGACAUCGUCUUGUUCUCAGACACCCUUCCCUGAAGUCAACGCCAUCAUCUACUUACCUACUCACACAGCAAAGCGCGAUGCGCCUUCUUUUUUCCCCCUCCAGGCAAAUAUCCCCGCCUCAAGAACACAUGCACUCCAUGAAUCGAUUACUGGCAGAGAGACUGCUUGCGUUGUUUCCCACCUUCAUUGGCAGGUAUGGAAUCUCUCUUUCGUAUUUUCCGUGCCCGUCUAGCUGAGCUGGCGCGACUCCACGGCGAUAGCUCAUUUUCCCCGACGACGAUAAACCCAACCACCUUUCACUUUUCUCAUGCGGGUGCUCUCACUCAACCACUACGGGCCGUUCAAAUGCACAGCUCGACGCGUGCGGUCAACCAACAGCUUUCAAUAAGUUCAUGUUGGCACCUCAUCCUGGGCUCAUCUGGAGCGAAAGCAGGACUCUUCUCCACGAUUUCAUUCUCAUAUGAUGUACGCCCUCCAGCAAAGAGCGAACGACUGAAAGAAUGUAGCCCGAUCUCAGGUGUAAUGAGCGAGGAUGCAUGGGCAAUUGCAAAGUCGCGAGCCGUCUCAACCUGCUCAUGUUUCUUUAACCAGGAGUUACUCCAAAGUGGGAUGCAGUCGUGACGGAAAGAUUUGAGGUAUUGGCAAUCGCCAGAAUGCAACCACACAACUGUUGCUAUGCUUGAGGAUCUCGGUAGACUAGCGUCACAUGAACGCUGGGCUCCAACUACG